AUGAACACCUUCCUGCUCACCGUGCUGUGUCUGCUUGGGACCUGGGCUUCCCUGGCAGGUGGAGUCACCGUGCAGGAUGGAGAUUUCUCCUUCUCCCUGGAGUCAGUGAAGAAGCUCAAGGAUCUCCAAGAUUUCCAGCAAUCCUGGAUUGGGCACCGCCGGAAGCCUGCAGUCAGAGCUGCUGGAGGCAUGGCUGGACCUGCGGUUCCCGUCCUGUGUAGCCACCCGCAAUUCCCCACAGAACUCCAGCCUGUCUGCAAGAAGCCCAACGCCCAGGAGAUCCUGCAGCGUCUGGAGGCCAUCGCUGAGGACCCCAGCAUGUGUGAGAUCUGUGCCUAUGCUGCCUGUGCCGGAUGCUAG